UCAGAUUCUGGGAAGCUGGCGCCGCGGCUGCUGUUUUGGGAUUUCUAAGAUGUCAGGUUCCUCUGGGGAGCAGGCUCCUCCCUACAGGUCCAUCCUGAGCAUUAGUGACGAGGCAGCCAGGGUGCGGGCCCUGAACGAGCACCUCAGCACGCGUAGCUAUGUCCAGGGGUACUCACUGUCCCAGGCAGACGUGGACCUGUUCAGGCAGCUCUCGGCACCCCCCGCUGACCCGCGUCUCUUCCACGUGGCCCGCUGGUUCAGGCACAUAGAAGCCGUCCUGGGUGGCCCCUGCGGCAGAGGCGAGCCCUGUGGGCGCCAAGCAAGUAGAGGCCGGCGGGGGCAGCCUCAGUGGUGUCCUCCAGCUGGGUCCCCUCCGUGCAAGCUUCGCCUGUACAACAGCCUCACCCGGAGGAAGGACGUGUUCGUGCCUCAGCACGGGCGGAGGGUGACGUGGUACUGCUGCGGGCCGACUGUCUACGACGCAGCUCACAUGGGCCACGCCAGGUCCUACAUCUCCUUCGACAUCCUGCGGAGGGUGCUGCGCGACUACUUCGGGUACGACGUCUUCUACUGCAUGAACAUCACAGACGUGGACGACAAGAUCAUCAAGAGGGCCCGGCAGAACCACCUGUUUGAGCGGUACCGGGAGAAGCAGCCGCGGGCGGCCCAGGUGCUGCAAGACGUUCACGCCGCCCUGAAGCCGUUUUCAGCCAAGUUACGGGAGACCGCGGACCCCGACCGGAGGCAGAUGCUGGAGCGCACCCGGCGAGCGGUGGAGCUGGCGGCCGAGCCGCUGCAGACGGCUGUGCAGAGUGGCCAGGCCGAGGCGGCCGACAGCUGCGCCGAGGUGCUGCUGGAGGAAGCAAAGGACUUGCUCUCAGACUGGCUGGACGGCAGCCUCGGCCAUGAGGUCACCGACAACUCCAUCUUCUCCAAACUGCCCAAGUUCUGGGAGGAGGAGUUCCACAGAGACAUGGAGGCGCUGAACGUCCUCCCUCCAGACGUCUUAACCCGCGUUAGCGAGUAUGUGCCGGAGAUUGUGAACUUCGUCCAGAAGAUUGUGGACAAUGGUUACGGCUACGCCUCAAACGGGUCCGUCUACUUUGAUACGGUGAAGUUUGCGUCCAGCGAUAGACACUCCUACGGGAAGCUGGUGCCCGAGGCUGUGGGGGACCAGAAAGCCCUGCAGGAAGGAGAAGGUGACCUGAGCAUCUCGGCAGACCGUCUGAGUGAGAAGCGGUCCCCUAAUGACUUCGCCCUGUGGAAAGCCUCCAAGCCAGGCGAGCCAUCCUGGCCGUGCCCCUGGGGAAAGGGGCGUCCGGGAUGGCACAUCGAAUGCUCUGCCAUGGCGAGUGCGCUCCUGGGGGCCUCGAUGGACAUUCACGGAGGGGGCUUCGACCUCCGGUUCCCCCACCACGACAACGAGCUGGCCCAGUCGGAGGCCUACUUCGAGAAUGACUGCUGGGUCCGCUACUUUUUGCACACGGGUCACCUGACCAUCGCGGGCUGCAAGAUGUCCAAGUCGCUCAAGAACUUCAUCACCAUCAAAGACGCCUUGAAGAAGCACUCUGCGCGGCAGCUGCGGCUGGCCUUUCUCAUGCACUCCUGGAGGGACACGCUGGACUACUCGAGCAACACCAUGGAGUCGGCACUGCAGUACGAGAGGUUCCUGAACGAGUUUUUCCUAAACGUGAAAGGCGUCCUCCGAGCUCCCGUGGACGUGACUGGUGGGUUUGAGAAGUGGGAAGACGAAGAAUUGGAGCUGAACAGGAGCUUUUACGGCAAGAAGGCGGCAGUUCACGAAGCCCUGUGUGACAACGUCGACACGCGCACGGUCUUGGAAGAAAUGAGGGCUCUGGUCAGCCAGUGCAACCUGUACAUGGCGGCCCGGAAGGCUGCCCGGAGGAGGCCCAACCGGGCACUGCUGGAACGCAUCGCCCUCUACCUCACCCACAUGCUGAAGAUCUUCGGGGCCAUUGAAGAAGAAAGCACCCUGGGGUUCCCAGUAGGAGGACCUGGAACCAGCCUAGAUCUGGAGGCCACAGUCCUGCCCUACCUGCAGGUGUUGUCCGAGUUCAGAGAAGGCGUGCGCAGGAUCGCCCGGGAGCAGAAAGUCCCUGAGGUCCUGCAGCUCAGCGACGCCCUGCGGGACGACAUCCUGCCCGAGCUCGGCGUGCGGUUAGAAGAUCACGAAGGGCUGCCGACCGUGGUCAAGCUGGGGGACAGAGAGGCCUUGCUGCGGGAGAGAGAGGAGAAGAGACGGGCUGAAGAAGAGAAGAGGAAGAAGAAGGAGGAGGCCGCCAGGAAGAAACAGGAACAAGAGGCGGCGAAACUGGCCAAGAUGAAGAUCCCACCCAGUGAGAUGUUCUUGUCGGAGAGUGACAAGUACUCCAAGUUCGAUGAAAACGGUCUGCCCACACAUGACAUGGAAGGCAAGGAGUUGAGCAAAGGGCAAGCCAAGAAGCUGAAGAAGCUCUUUGAGGCCCAGGAGAAGCUCCACAAGGAGUACUUGCAAAUGGUGCAAAACGGAAGCUUCCAGUGAAACCUCGGGGACUGGGCUCUAAGCCACCGGUGGCAGGACUUCCUGUCCGCAUUCCUCAGUGACCGCGUCCCGGGUUCUGACCCUGUUUACAGCGGUGCCCGGGGCCUGAGCCC